UUGACAAGGUGACGGUAGGCAUCUGUCGGAAUGGUAUCCGUCAGUUUUCAGAAUCUUCAUGCUCUGUGAAAGUCAGUAGAAAUCCUUUGACUUCCAAGAUGUCAGGGAUCCGUCACUCUGCGGUAGAAUCAGCAAGUUUCAACCAUAAAGGAAAUAAACAGAAGAAAAAGGGCAAGCCCCCACCACCACCUGGCUCAGAAUCAGACCAGAGCAUAGAGACAAACAGCCUGUCUGCUGAUUCUCAGGAAGCUGGACGGUCACCAAACAGCUCUCACAAGUCAACAAGCAAGAAAGGAGAAUGGGAGAUUUUGGAAGGCUUGAAGGAAGGUCAGAGAUUUGAUCUGGUUCCUCGGAAAUUUGAAGGCUUCCUUCUCAAGCGGCGGAAAUGGCCUCUGAAGGGAUGGCACAAGAGAUAUUUUGUGCUAGAGAAGAGUACUCUCAUCUACUCCAAGUCUGUGGCAGACUUGGCACGAGGGAAGGUUUUAGGGAAAAUGGACAUUGGCAUGUCUGUUAUAUCCACCAAAGCAAGACGGCGACGUAUUGACAUAGAUGCAGACACUCUUAUCUUUCACUUAAAGUGUAAAUCACGUGAAGUAUACCUGCAGUGGGUAGAGCAAUUGAAACAACAUCGUCUCCACAAGCAGCACCAGAUUCUUUAUAGUAAAGAUCAAGUAAAGCUUACUUCACCAACAUCACCAUCAGAUGACUCCCCAACAGAUCCUUUAGUACCUGGUGGACGAACAUCUCUGCCUGGUUCCUUACCUGGCUCCCAUCCUGGAACAAUGGGUCGUGAAGGCAAGUCCAACACUGGCACCACAUUGACUGGGGCUGCUGCGGGGGCAGGAACCCUUCGAUCAUGGCUAGUAGAUAGCUCUGGAUUGGAUCAGCUAUCAAAGGAUAUGACUACCACACAACACCAUGUCCAGCAACUAGUCCGACUCCUUGAUAAUAUUGAACACCAAGAUGAUAUGAGCCAUGGUGAGCCUGCAACUCCAUCAACCAAGUCCAGAAGAAAGUUCCGGCUGCGCAAACAUAAGUCAAGCAAGUCCACUGGUGGAGAGAUAACCCUCAACACAAGCCCGGGGAAAGGCGCUCCAGACCAGGUUGAUGCUGUUAUGCCCUCAUUAGUAGGUUUUUUUGGAGAGGUGUCACAUUCCUUAGCAGUUGCUAAGACUACCAGCCUGCACGCUCGGCCGACCGUGGCCACGGGUCGCGGGGUCAGCUUCUGGUACUCGAUUGAGGUGCCAUCACUUGAAUUACGCUUUGUAAUAGCUUAUCUGACAGAACGAGAAAAGUUACGACAAGCUCUAGAAUCUGAGUCAAACUUAUUGGCGUCUCACAAUACCACGGCCAUUAUUGCUGCAUUGAGAAAUAGUCUUAAUCAGGCACUCCAACAAAAUGCUGAGUUACGUGGCCGUCUAGCAAGGAUACAUGCAGAUUCUGACUUAUCUGAUAUCUCUGUUCCACCAUCAGUAUCAGAACUGCUUCAUAAGUCACUCCAUACAUCCUUGUCAUAUGAAAGCAGUUCAUGCUUUAGUGCAUCAGAAUAUUUUGAUGCUGCUGAUGCAUUCAGUGAUGCUGGAGGAACAGACACAAGUUCGGAGGCUUCUUCAGACAACAGUUCAUUCACAAGUGAAGCCAGUGAUGCUGGAACUGAUGCUCAUCCUAGUGCAGCAGAGAUUGAAGAGGAUGGGAAGUGCUUUACUGGACGGAGGACCAGACUUCCAGCUCCUAAACCUCUCACGGAAGACUUUUCUGUUUGGAAUUUCCUUUACAAAAAUAUUGGAAAGGACUUGUCCAAAGUUAGCAUGCCAGUGACCCUUAAUGAGCCCCUGAACAUGCUGCAGAGGAUGUGUGAAGAAUUAGAAUACAGUGAAUUGUUAGACAAGGCUGCAGGACUUGAGGAUCCUGGGGAUAGGAUGGUGUUAGUAGCUGCCUUUGCAGUGUCUGCUUAUGCUUCAUCCAUCUACCGUGCAGCUCAUAAACCAUUCAACCCUCUUUUAGGCGAGACUUAUGAAAGCAUCAGGGAAGACAAAGGCUUCAGAUUUGUGGCAGAACAGGUAAGCCAUCAUCCACCUGUGAGUGCAUGUUAUGCCAAGAGCUAUAACUUCACUUUUUGGCAAGAUGUGCGCAUCAAAACUAAGUUCUGGGGAAGAUCAUUGGAGUUUCAGCCUACAGGCAAGGUCCAUUUGGUGUUACGGGAGCUCCUGGACACUGGAAGUGAGGAUCACUACGAGUGGAACAAAGUAACAACCUGUGUCCACAACCUGUUUGGUGGAGGCCAGAGAUGGGUGGACCAGUAUGGGGAAAUGAUUAUCAGAAACACCACUAAUGGUUUGAUGUGCAAACUCUCUUUUGUGAGGGCUAGUUCUUGGUCAUCAAAGCGUCACGAAGUUUUCGGAACUGUCACAGAUAGUGAUGGUCAGGUGCUACACAAUCUGUUUGGAAAAUGGACUGAAGCCCUUUAUUGUGGCCAUGCCCCUUCUGCACGUGUGGUUUGGAGACCGGGAAGCAUGCCUGAAGAUUAUCACUUGUAUUAUGGUUUUACACGUUUUGCAAUAGAGCUUAAUGAAUUAGAUGAAGAUCAGGCAAAGUACUUACCUCCAACUGACACUAGAUUCAGGCCAGACCAGAGGUUGGUAGAGGAGGGAAACAUGAAUGCUGGGGAAACCAUGAAGACCCAGCUGGAGCAGCAACAAAGGGAAAGGCGCAAACAGCGAGAAGAAGCAGGGGAUGAACAUGUGCCUAUGUGGUUCAGACGGGAAACUACAGCAGAUGGAGAAAAUUGGAUCUUUACUGGAGAGUACUGGAACAAACGCAAAGAACCAGGUUUUAUUAAUAUGACCUUUGAAAAGUUAUGGUGAUUAUUUUACAGAUAUCAAGUACCUAGGUUAUAAUGUCUCCAAAUUGAGGCUACUCUAGGGUUAUAAGUUAUGCCUUGUAGGACCUAAGAUAUGUCGUUGCAGUUACUGGAAACAAGUAGGUCACUGUGACAAUGUGUUAAGUAUCAACAUAAAUAUUCCAAAAGCAUAUAAAAUUAUUGAUAUUAAAGAAAAUAAUUCCAUUGGUAUAUGUAAUUUGUUACAAAUAUGAUGUCUAAAAUGAAUUUGUUUUUGUGACUAAAGCAGUGGUUCUUAAUCUUUUUGAAUAGCAGCCCAAAAUUCUGUCCUGCCUAUUGAGGUAAUCCUUAUCCUUAACAAACCCUUUGAUGUCUGAAUGCUUAACAACUGUAUAGAAUUUUGGAAUGGAUAAUGCAAAUGAUGAAACUAUUAAUAGCCAGUUUUAUUUUAUUAGGCACAGGCAGUAUAUAGCAACUCUAUAUCCAUGAGAUACAACAGCAACAUUUCUUAGGAGACAAAAUAUGCACUGAAAAAUAUGUAAUUUCCACAAAAUAGAAGAUUAGUCUUCAGUAUGUGCCUUUUGAGUUUGUGUUUGCAAUUUGUAGGGAGAAUUACUUGCAGGUGAAACAGAUACAAUCCAGGUAUAGGGAAAAUUGCAAUAAAUAUCUUAUUAAUUGAUGGGAAAAUCACUCAGAGCCAUUCAAAUAUCUUGGUGACCCAAUUUUAGGCUAAGCAACACUGCUAUAAAGGUAGCCUAUUAUUAGCUUGGUUCUUCCAAAAAUUUAAUGAAUGAAAUAGGUUUUUUUUAUUUAGCUUGUGUUAGUUUUAUUCCAGAGCUGUAGAAACAAGUAUUCAUAUCUGAGUAGGAGUCACAAGUGUUCAGUUCAGUCAGGUUGUUGUUAUAAUUGAUAUUUUUUAUGUCUUUUACCUUUUAUAGUAACAAAGGUUUGCUUGUCACUGUUCCUGAAUAAAACUUCUAUGCAUGUAAUAGAAGUAGAUACACAAGUAAUAUUUCCUACUGAUUAAGAAAAUCAGGAAAAAGCUUGACACUGUACACAGAUGUCUUUAAGGUUCUAUAGUUAGAUAGUUAAUAUAAUAUGAGCACUCUUUUCCCUCUCUCUUUCUCUUAAUUUCUCUUUCCCCCCCCCUCCCCCCCCCCCCCCCUUCUCUCUCUCUCUCUCUCACUCAAUC